UUUCUGUUUUUUUUUAUUCGUCGGUUCGCUUGUCGCGGCCACCUUUAGUUGGCCAGAGAAUUGGAGACGACGUUGCAGGCGGCAGUAGCCUCUACGCGUUCGCACUCGCUUACACCGAUUAAACGCGGCGGACCUUUUGAGAGAUACUUUCCUACCGCCGAUGAUAGACUACUUGAAUAUGACAUUGAUAAACUGGUUUUUGAAGCACGCUCUCCCUAUCAAAAAGUGCAAAUUGUUCAUUCGAAAUCAUUGGGAAAUCUGUUGGUUCUUGAUGAAUUACAAAAUAUAUCUGAAGCAGAUCUGAUUUAUACAGAAACUUUGAUGCAACGUGGAAAAGAAAAUUACACGGGGAAAGAAAUAGUUAUUUUAGGAGGAGGAGAUGGUGGCUUACUUUGGGAAUUGCUUAAGGAGAAACCAAAAUUUGUAACCAUGUUAGAGAUUGAUGAUGUUGUAAUAAAAGCCUGUAGUCAACAUAUGAGAAGCAUAUGUGGAAAUUGUUUGGAUAAAAGAAAGGGAGACAAUUAUGAGAUUAUUGUUGGAGAUUGUGCAAAAACUCUAGCACACAUGAUUGAAGAAGGUCGACAAUUUGAUUAUGUUUUCGGUGACCUUACAGACAUACCGAUUAGCCCAACUCCACAUGGGGAUGCAUGGGAUUUUAUUAGACUGAUUUUAAACUCUUCAAUGAGAGUUCUGAAAUCUACAGGGAAAUACAUGACUCAUGGAAAUGGAGCAUCUUGUCCACAGUCUCUAGAAAUGUACGAACAAGUUCUUUCACAGCUCUGUGUACCCGUAACUUUUACCAAAGAUAGUGCUUUUGUACCUUCUUUCUUCGAAGAUUGGGUCUUCUACCAAGUAUCGUUAAAAUGAUGGAUUAAAUUUAUCAUAUUGAGGUUCCAAGGGAAGUAUAUUCACAAUCCAUUUUCUCUCUUAUGACCCAAAUUCGACCCUAGUCGCAAAUUUUUUGUUAAAAAAUCGGUUCCUGAAGAAGAUGAUCCCGAUGCUGGACAUAAAAUCCCGAUUGACACUACUACGCUGGCGUCUGUACAUACAAAAGGUGGUGGUUAUCUGUAUUUAUUUGUUUAUUUAGUAAUUAAUAAACUAUACAAAGGUG